CACCGUCCGGAGGUAACCAGAAUCCAACGGCACGGAGGCGCGAGCAACCCGAGCUUGGAUAAAACGUAAAGGGGAAGAACGCAAACCGGCAGUGGCAGCUAAAGAGAAGCACGGACACUAUUUGGAACCGGGAGAGAGCGAGAGAGCGAGAUUGCAGUCAACGGGGUCGCGUUGGAUAAGCUUAUUCAGUCAAUUGAACAGAUGUUAGGGUAUUUGAAUAGCACGCAGACUAGCCAUGUGAAUAGUAGCCUAGUGCAAAGUUAACGUGGAUAGACAACAGUAAGAAGGCAUUGCAACGGUGUUCGUGUGUGUAUACACACUUAUAAUAGAGAAGUUGUCAACAUCAGAACAACUGUAUUUUUGAAGCGUAUACACCUGUCCUGUAUAGAAGCGUGAACGCGCUUUUAGAUCAAAACCUUUUAGGUGAAAUGGUGAAGGAUCUCAGGAUACAUUUGGAAUCAUAUUGGAACACCCUUGAAAAGGAAAUCUACACUUUUACGCAUUUAUAUUGACAUAGAUUUUUUUCCGGAAUUCUGAUUCAAUUGUCUAAAACAGGACUACAUUUAACAAAUAGAAUAGGCUAUAUAUGUUAUUAUUAUUAUUAUUAUUGAGACUUGACUUUGCAAGACAAGGAAUUUACUCAAUCCACUGUCUAACUAGGUGACUCACUUUGAGAAAGACUCGCCAGCUGGAACAAUAUCCCAACUCUACAAAGUGACACAUUUGGAUACUUGCCGGUGCCCUACAGUAGUCUACCUGCCUGUGUGUGUCUUUACCCGGGGGAUACACCGACCGGACUACGUAGCGCGAGCUGUCCACGAGCGGGCGGCCGUCCCCGCGCGCCUGCAUAAUAAAUGCCCAUCAGCCGGUCGCGCGAGGCUCUCGAGGCUGGGCGGCAAGAUGAGCUCGUGGGUCCUGCUGCUGCUGGCUGCGGUCGCGGCGGAGUGUCUGCGGUUUGGUAGCGCUGAGGGAGAUCCUCUGCCUCCAUCGUUAGUAGAGCUGGUGAGGACCAGUCCUAUCUCUUCUAUAGAGGACCUGCAACAGCUGCUGGAGCAGGAGACUGACUCCCAGGAGGUGGAGCCAGAUGACCCAUCGGCCAGUGAGAUUCAUUUAAAUUACACCCAUGGAAGAUAUAGGAGAAACCUAGUAGAUGCCCAGCCAGCCCAGCAGGCAGUGUGUAAGGUCAGGACAGAGGUCAUGGAGGUCACCAGAGCCAUGCUUGACCGACGUAACGCCAACUUCCUGUUGUGGCCGCCAUGUGUUGAGGUGCAGCGCUGCUCUGGCUGCUGUAACACCAGAAUGCUACAGUGUGUCCCCACGGUUACUCAGACACGAUAUCUACAGGUAACAAGGAUCCAGUACAUCGAUAAGAGAGCCCACUACGACAAGGCGGUGAUCUCAGUGGAAGACCAUGCCUCCUGCCGCUGCCAGACACACCCCUCAGCCGCAGCUGCAGUUGCUGCGGCUGCAGCCAGGUCCACCUCCUUGGUCAGGAGCACCCUCCCCCCUCCUCCCCCCCGACUCACCCCCAAACCCCCCUCCCUCGCCAAGGAGGAUGUCCAUCGCCAUGAUGACAUGAAGGCCAAUCAGAGGUUCCAUGUGGAUGACAGGGGUCAGCUAGAGAGACAGUGGCAGAACAAGUACACGGUGUCACACACACAGCCAGGCACACACACUCUGGUGGGGACCGGGCUUGGGAGACACACACUCGCAGGGACACACACACAGACACACCCAAUGGCAGGGGCAGGGACGCAGGUAGGGACACACACACAGGUAGGGACACACACAGACACACACACAAAGACGGGUCCCUCUUCUGAGACCCCUAUAGGGCAUGGCAGUGGGUAUGAGGUGGGGAGAGGGGAGGAGAGAGGGUCACACACCGACACACACACCGACACACAGCCCAACACAGGAGACAGGCAGCGCAGUGACAACACAGAGAGGACACAGGAGAUAGAAAGACAGCAACAGCUACAACAGUACUACCAACAGCAACAACAACAACAAUAUCUACAACAACAGCAACAAUAUCAACAGCAACAACAACAACAACAUCAACAACAAUAUCAACAUCAACAUCAACAUCAACAACAACAGCAACAUCAACAACAGCAAUACCAGCCAUACAGCCAACAGCCAGAGCUCAGGACUCAAUACAAACACAACGCACCCCAAUCCGAUAGCGGUGGACCACCUGACACAAAACAACCGGUCAAUCACAAACCAGAACUGGACCACAGCAACACAGAACCGACCGAUGAUAAAGACUCAAGCACAGAGGUGGCCAAUAGAGACGCACAAAAGGAUACAGAGGUCACCAGUCAGAGACAGGCAGCGACAGAAGUGACCAAUCACAACAAGGAGAACAAUAAAGAGCGACACAGCCAGACAGAGCUGUCCAGUCAGGAACAAAGACACUCAGAGUCCACCCAUCACAAACACAGAGGCUCAGAGUUGACCAAUCAGGGAGGCUCUGUCACAGAGGAGGAGAGGAGGAAGAAACUUCUAGAACUCGUACAGAGAGAACUAGACCAGAAACAACAGCAUCGUCCUCCUCAUCCUCAUCUUCCUCAUCAGUCUCAAACACAAACCACCACCACACAAAGACCAGUGCUCCCCACAUUGUCCCCCAGCAGGGCCCCAGGGCGGUCCCCCAGCACCCCGUCCCCUCCCCCCAAGCGCCCCCAGGGCCCGUUGAGACCGGCCCUUCCCCGCGGACGCAGGAGGAGGAAACACCGGAGCCGCAUCAGCAAGGCUGCCCUCCGAACCAUGAUCAUGUAGAGAGAGAUGGCAACUGGGUCGACUGUGUCUGCCAGGCCCACCCAGGGUCGUGUUCAUUAGGCACCAAACGGAAGAAAACGGACUGAAACAGGGAUACACAUACAACAUGGAAGAAAGCCUAAUUUCCUGGGGGUUUUUAACAUUGUGUGUCCUAAUGAAUACUGAGGGAUUCUGCCUUGGUAUGGAAACGCACUGCUGGACUCUACUGCUGGCUAAGCUAACAACAUUACUGCAGGCUAUGUCAAUCUUUGCACCCCAGAACAGACUGGUGACCGCUAUGUAGUAUCUUUCUAUUCAAAAUCUGCUAGCUUUAUUUAAACCGCGAUAUCAAGACAAUAGACAAUCUCUGACAGAGACUCUCCUUAGAAAGGAGGUUGUUCUGGAUGUUUUUUUUUUUUUUUUUUUUUUUGGGGUGGGGGGGUUGUUUUUGGGUGUUGUUCUGGAUGUUUAACACUGGAAGUAAAGUGAUGUAACCUUUGAAAAAGGAGCUAAGCAAAACUACAUCUCCCAUCAGCAAUUGCACUUGUACAGUUCUAACCCUGCCUACUUUGAACACUGGGUGCCGAUUGGACAGUUGACUUGUGGGGUGGGGGGGCUGCUGAUAUUAUUGGAUCGCUUGCUGCAACAGCCAUUGAUUGGUUGAUUUAGAUGCCAUGGAACACGCCCCGCUCUACAGCUUGACUAUGAUUGGUUGCUGAGAAUAUAACUUAAAUCUUAUUGGCCCAAAAUGGUGUUUGACGCCAUCUAUUUCUAAGAGACAAUGCAAAACUUGGAUGUGGAUAUUUUCACUGGAAUGGACUGGGUUGACAAUGGACAUUGUUCCCAGAGAAACAACAUUAUCCUACUGGUGUAACUGGGAUAACUGUCCUGGGAAUGUGACUGGAACUGGAACUGGGAUAACUGUCCUGGGAAUAUGACUGGUGUAACUGGGAUAACUGUCCUGGGAAUAUGACUGGUGUAACUGGGAUAACUGUCCUGGGAAUAUGACUGGUGUAACUGGGAUAACUGUCCUGGGAAUAUGACUGGUGUAACUGGGAUAACUGUCCUGGGAAUAUGACUGGUGUAACUGGGAUAACUGUCCUGGGAAUAUGACUGGUGUAACUGGGAUAACUGUCCUGGGAAUAUGACUGGUGUAACUGGGAUAACUGUCCUGGGAAUAUGACUGGUGUAACUGGGAUAACUGUCCUGGGAAUAUGACUGGUGUAACUGGGAUAACUGUCCUGGGAAUAUGACUGGUGUAACUGGGAUAACUGUCCUGGGAAUAUGACUGGUGUAACUGGGAUAACUGCCCUGGGAAUAUGACUGGUGUAACUGGGAUAACUGUCCUGGGAAUAUGACUGGUGUAACUGGGAUAACUGUCCUGGGAAUGUGACUGGUGUAACUGGGAUAACUGUCCUGGGAAUGUGACUGGAACUGGAACUGGGAAUAACAUGAGUAAAUAGGGAUAGAACAUAUGGAUAGUGAAGCACAGAAAGGAGAAGCUCGGUGUAGGGUGAAUGUGCUCUUAGUCACUGAUCUUGGGUCAGUUUAGCAUUUUCCUUACUAAUGGUUAAGGUUAGAAUUGGGGGAGGGGAAGCUGAUCCUAGAUCUGUGUCUUGGGUGAAACUUCACCCUGGAGCGAGAAGCUCAGGACCACACACACAGAGACAUGUCAUUACUACUACAGUAUCUUUCAAUGUUCUGACUGGAUCUAACCAAUCCGAACACUGGAGUAGUUACACACUGGAGAGCAGAUAGAACUAGAAAACAUAGAGGGACAAGUAGAGGGAGAGCAUAGAGAGCAUAGAAAUAGAAUAGCUCUAGUUGUUAUAUAUCUAUUACAGAGAAAAGCAGGUAUAGAACUGGAAGACAUAGAGCAUAGAUGUUGAACAGGUCUAGUUGUUCUCUCUUUAAUAGAGAGAUGCAGAUAUAGAACUGUAAAACAUAGAUCGCUGGAGAGCAUUUUUGCACUGGGAGAGCAGAGAAAGAAACGUAUGCCAAACGUCACCAUAGUCACCAUACCAUGAGGCCAUAGACUACUCAGAUGACAGAUACUCAACACUCAACAUUCAACACUGGCUCAAUACCUGACCAUAGAUAGCUGUGUGUUUAAACUAUUUAAACAUAGCCUGGAACGUGUGGUGGAAAUAUUUCAAGGGAAUUUUUGUUCAGUAGUUCUUCAACAUAGCCUGGGAGUUGUGUGUUUCAGCUAUAGGGAAGUCUGUUGUCUUUGUCUUAACAAACACGGAAGCAACAAUGUAGCAUUGUUGAAUGACUCAACAAUCUAGCACCCAUGCUACAAUAAGGAACUGGAAUGUUUACUGUAUACCCUAGGAGGUUCGGAGCCUGCUGGUUUUCUGUUCUAUCUGAUCAUUAAUUGUAUAUUAAUUGAUCACCGCAGGUAUAAAUCAGUCCCUGAUUAGAGGGGAACAAUGAAAAAAGCAAAGGGAACUGGCUUCGAGGGUCCAGAUUUGAAUUUGAGGAAUGUAGGUCAUUCAUGGUGCCAUAGAGUUCAUGUCUCUCUCUCUUCCCCAGCCUAAGACUAGAGCAGGGGUGUCCAGAUCUGUUCCGUGGAGGGCUGUGUGUCUUCUGGUUUUUGUUAUUAAGAACCAGAUAACCAGCUAAAGGGAAUUUCCUUACUAAUUUACAUUUUACAUUUUAGUCAUUUAGCAGACGCUCUUAUCCAGAGCGACUUACAGUUAGUGAGUACAUACAUUAUUAUUAUUUUUUCAUACUAAUCAGUGACCUUAAUUAAUCAAUGAAGUACAAGGGUGGACUGACAACCUGCAGACACUUGGCCCUCCAGGAAUUGAGUUUGUCACCCCUGGACUACCCCAGGUAUUAAGCUAGAAAUAAAACAAACUAGCUAAGGCAGUAUUGCUCAAUCCUGGUCUUGGGGACUCAAAGGAGUGGACAUUUUUGUUUUUGCCCUAGUGCUCAGACAACGGAUUCAAAUCAAAGGCCUGAUGACGAGUUGAUUAAGUUAAAUCAAGUGUGUUUGGGUCCCCAGAACCAGGAUUGAGAACCACUAAGCUAAGGGAGUUGAGAUAGCCAUCACUGGGGGAGAAACAGAAUUUGGGAUGGGAUGCUUUGAAAAACACUGUCAAACUUUUUGGAAUCGCUAUGAGAGAGAAAUGUUAUCCAACACUGUAUGUACAGUAAAUGAUUUAAACAUGGUUGUUUUUUUAUUUCCUGUUUCUUAACUUAUUUUAAAUGGAGGAUGUGUCAUUCUCUGGUUCCUAAGUGUAAUUAUUGUUGCUGAUGAUAAUUAUUGUUGUUGUAUAUUGUUGUAGUUAAUUAAUGCUAUUUUUAAUAUGAACAUAAAGGCCAGAAUUAUAUUAAUGUAAUGA